UGAUGCAGCAUGACAGGUGGGUGAGAAUCCAGCCAGGUAGACAGUGGGAGCAUUGACUGGCAGAUGACAAGACAGGCAGGUAGGUAUUUAGACAGCUAACAGAGACACAGAAAGGCUGAAUGUGCAACGGCCACAUGGAGGACCCAGCAGGCAGAGACACAAGAACCUGGAGGUGGCCCACCACGGGGUCCAGCAUCUUCUUGCUCCUGUGUGUUAUUGGGCUCAGCCAUGCAUCCAAAGAGAAGAUUUAUAACGGGACGGACUGUGUUCCUCACUCACAGCCUUGGCAGGUGGGGCUGUUUGAGGGUGCCAACCUGCGCUGUGGGGGGGUCCUCAUUGAUCGUAGAUGGGUCCUCACAGCUGCUCACUGCAGCGGCAGCAGGUACUGGGUGCGCCUGGGAGAACACAGCCUCAGCCAGCUGGACUGGACGGAACAGAUCCGGCGCAGCGGAUUCUCCAUGACCCACCCCGACUACCAGGGAGCCCUGAAGAGCCAUGACCAUGACCUGAGACUUCUGCGACUGGGCACCCCAGUCCUCCUGACCCGCAGCGUGCAGCCCUUGGCCCUGCCCACUACCUGUGCAGCGGCUGGCACUGAGUGUCACAUCUCGGGCUGGGGCACCACCAACCGACCGCCGAAUCCAUUCCCAGACCGGCUCCAGUGCCUCAACAUCUCCAUAGUCUCCAGUGCCACCUGCCAAGCUGUGUUCCCUGGGAGAAUCACAGACAACAUGGUGUGUGCAGGUGGCAUCGCUGGGGAGGAUGCCUGCCAGGGUGACUCUGGGGGCCCCCUGGUGUGCGGAGGAGUCCUUCAGGGCCUGGUGUCCUGGGGGUCUGUGGGACCUUGUGGACAAAAAGACAUCCCAGGAGUCUACACCAAAAUUUGCAAAUAUGUGGACUGGAUCCGGAGGGUCAUGAAGAACAACUGACCUGCUCCUUCUACCUCAGCUUGGGGGCCACUCUGACCCUCAGGGCUCCAAUAUCUCCUCCAUCAUUAUCCCCAGUUCUCAUACUCUUGGUCUGGGGAUCUUCCCAGAACUCCAACCCUUACAAGCCAGCCCUUGUGAGACCCAUGGUUCGAGGAAGAGGAAGUGUG